GAUCCGCUUUUAAGUGAAACGUACGCGCCACCCCUCCGCAGGCUGCGGCUUCCCCGGGCUCGCCGCCUCGUCGCCGGCGCCCCCCGCCCCCGCGCUCACUCCCGCGUUUGCACGCGCCCCUAAGUUUGCCCGGAGCUCGCCUGGCCACUCGGAGCCGGUCCGGCCGGGCGCGGCGGGCGGGGCGCAGCCGGGCACCGCAGUCCAGAGGCGUCGUGGGCCAUGAAUGUUUCAUCAAACGGACUCGGGGUGCGUCGCGUCGCGCAGCCAUCGGCGCCCUGUGCGGUGACAUUUCUGACUUGAGUGGAGGAAUGCGCACGGGGAGCCUGGCGGGACCUGGUCUUGGAGGAUGUUCCGGGCGCCCAGGCUGAUUGCCCUGACUGAUGUCCCUUCGGACCCAGCGCAACGUCUUCAUCUGAAAUAAAAUGAAAGCUGUGCCGAGCGGGGUAGAACCUCCGGGCUGCUGGUUCUGAUCCCCGGGAAUGAGGGAAUCAUCCUGCGGUUUGAUUUGAAAGGAAAAAAAAAAUUAGAGAAAAAAAUUAGGAAUAGGAAAAAAAAUCCCUCCGUAAAAGUUUAAGGCGAGAAGUGUCAGAGGCAGCGGCGCGAGGAGGCGCGGGGGAGAAGCGGGCAGGCGGGGACUGGGCUGCGAGACCUCCCGGCGGCUGCGAUUCCAUUAUUAAUAUCAGUGGAUUUUUGGAGGGAGAGGCACCUUUCCCGUCCUCGCUUCCUCUCCGCCCACCCCUGCUCCCUCCUCCUCAUCUACCUGUCAAAGUCACCGAUCUUUUGCAUUUCGGAAGAGGACGUCAACGGGAAGGAAUCCCCCCCUCUCCGCCGGGGCUCCGAGAGGGGGCGACGCGCGGGAGGCUCCCCCCAGGAGCCCGGAGGCGAAGGGCGUUGGUGCCAGACGGAAGGAGGAUGGUUGGCGGGAAACAGACGCCAGGCUGAAGACGCGCACCCUUGUGCUCCAAGUACUGACAUCCGAGGGCGAGAAGCCCUUGGGAGCCGGCCGCACACCCCCAGGAUCUACCUCCCAGGGCUAUUGGAUGUACAGCCAGAGAGCCAUCCCUUUGCCGAGUCGUGAUCUGCGACCAGACAUCUUUUCCAAACGGCAAACUAGACCCCGGUCUAAUGGACAGCAAAAAACCUGCCAGCAGCUGUUAACGCCGAACGCCCAAGUAUGUUAACGGGUCACCAAAGUCCCUGAUGUCCCCGAACACGCACAGUCUCUCAACCCUUCACGUGCACUUUUGGAAUCGACGUUGAGGUCUCAUCCUCUUUUUUUUUCCUUUAAAUAUAACGCUCCCUACAUCUACACAUUGAUCUGUAUGUAAAAUAGACACAGCCCACAGAGAAGCAAACCGGCGCUAGUUCCUGCCAGGGCUGCUGAGAACUUAGAGAUGUAUUUGUCAAGGUUCCUGUCCAUUCACGCCCUCUGGGUGACGGUGUCGUCGGUGAUGCAGCCCUACCCGCUGGUGUGGGGACAUUAUGACGUGUGUAAGACUCAGAUUUACACGGAGGAAGGGAAGGUUUGGGAUUACAUGGCCUGCCAGCCGGAGUCCACGGACAUGACCAAAUACCUGAAAGUGAGGCUGGACCCGCCGGACAUCACCUGCGGAGACCCUCCCGAGACGUUCUGUGCAAUGGGCAACCCCUACAUGUGCAAUAACGAGUGUGAUGCAAGCACCCCCGAGCUGGCACACCCGCCUGAGCUGAUGUUUGAUUUUGAAGGAAGGCACCCCUCCACCUUCUGGCAGUCUGCCACCUGGAAGGACUACCCCAAGCCUCUCCAGGUGAACAUCACUCUGUCUUGGAGCAAAACCAUCGAGCUCACAGACAACAUCGUCAUCACCUUCGAGUCCGGGCGUCCAGACCAGAUGAUCCUGGAGAAAUCGCUCGAUUACGGGCGCACAUGGCAGCCCUAUCAGUAUUACGCCACAGACUGCCUGGAUGCCUUUCACAUGGACCCGAAGUCCGUGAAGGAUUUAUCCCAGCACACGGUCUUGGAAAUCAUUUGCACCGAAGAGUACUCCACGGGGUAUAUGACAAACAGCAAAAUAAUCCACUUUGAGAUCAAAGACAGGUUCGCGUUUUUUGCUGGGCCGUGGCUACGCAAUAUGGCUUCUCUGUACGGGCAGCUGGAUACAACCAAGAAACUCCGAGAUUUCUUUACGGUCACAGACCUGAGGAUCCGGCUUUUGAGACCAGCCGUCGGGGAAAUAUACGUGGACGAGCUCCACCUGGCACGUUACUUUUACGCAAUCUCAGACAUCAAGGUGCACGGGAGGUGCAAGUGCAACCUCCAUGCCACCGUGUGCGUGUACGACAACAGCAAGCUGACCUGUGAGUGUGAGCACAACACGACGGGCCCGGACUGCGGCAAAUGCAAGAAGAACUAUCAGGGCCGCCCUUGGAGCCCGGGCUCCUACCUCCCCAUCCCCAAGGGCACCGCCAACACCUGUAUCCCCAGUAUUUCCAGUAUUGGUAAUCCUUCAAAGCUUAAUAGGAUAUGGCCGAAUAUUUCUUCCCUUGAGGUUACUAACCCAAAACAAGUUGCUCCCAAAGUAGCUUUGUCAACAGUUUCUUCUGUUCAAGUUGCAAACCACAAGAGAGCCAACGUCUGCGACAACGAGCUUCUGCACUGCCAGAACGGAGGGACCUGCCACAACAACGUGCGCUGCCUGUGCCCCGCCGCCUACACGGGCGUCCUGUGCGAGAAGCUGCGGUGCGAGGAGGCCGGCGGCUGCGGCUCGGGCUCGGGCUCCGGCCCGGGGGCGUCCGCGCUCCGCCGCCCGGCGCUGCUGGUGACCGCGCUGCUGGCCACCGCCGGGCCCCUGGUGAUCUAGGCGGCGCUGUAGCCACCGGCCGGGCCUGUGCCCUGGGGAAGCGAACGCGGCCCAAGCCUUUGCCACUGACCCAGAAACCCACACGCAGACACCCCCACUCAGACGCAGGGAACGAACUCAAGAGGCCCGACUGAACUAAGCCAUAUUUGUCAGCCGCGGGCGCACCUGCGAGUCCGUUCCCUUCUGACUCCGGAGCGGGCGGCGGCUGGUUCAGGUCACUGAAGAUCGCGCGGCCCGCGCAGAGCCGACUGCCGGUGGGAAAGGCUGGGACACCGCCCCGCUGCGCCCCGCAGCGGGAAAGACUGCAACGCAAACCAACCGACCUAAUAAAUUCUGGUACUCUCACGCGGCGCGUCCCAGGACCACUCGGCCCCAGAGCGGGGCCGGCGAGGCGGAGCGCCCUCCGCGCGCUCCCCGGUGCGCGGGUGCGCGCCCAUCUGUGCCGCCCGCCGGGCCCGUCUCGGCCCCUGACUCCCUUCCAACCUGUGCUUUAGUGAACGUUGCUCUGUAACCCUCGUUGGUUGAAAGGUUUCUUUGUCUGAUGUCGGUGAUGCACAUGUGUACCAGCCCCUCCAGAAGCUCAAGCCAGGCGCCCGUCCACGACGCAAUGAGUCAGCGCCUGGUGCCCGCGCCGCGCCCACUGUCCACUGUCUGAGAGUGGCCGUAGGGAAAAGAGAAAGUGUAUCUAUCCUUUUGUAUUCAAAUGAAGUUAUUUUUCUUGAAAUACUGUAAUAUGUAGAUUUUUUUGUAUUCUUGCCAGUUUGUGUUACCAGACAAUCUGUUCGUGUAUCUCAUUCGAAUCAGCACAGACUGACAUCUUACUUUUGUUCCCUUCCGUUCAGUUUUGUUUCAUUGUGCAGAGAUUUCUCUGUGAGGGCAACGAACGUGCUGGCAUCAAAGAAUAUCAGUUUACAUAUAUAACAAGUGUUAAUACGAUUCCACCAAAGGACAUUCUAAGUGUUUUCUUGUUGCUUUACCACUGGAAGAUUUAAAGAAUAAAAAUUCCUGCAGAAAUGA